AUGCAAAUAUUAGAAGUUAAUUAUGAAACAAGUACAAAUUUAGGUACAGGUUAUUAUAAAAAGAUUAGAAAAGAUAUGAUACCAAGGGUUAAAGACUCAUUAGAAAAUUUUGAUGAUUCAGUAUUCGAUGACAUUGACUUUUGCAUGUAUAUGUAUAAUCCACCAAGUCCAUCCCCAUUUUUACCACCAGAGUUUGUAAACUUCAUAAAAUCAGAAUUUAAAAAGAACAUAAAUAACUACGGACUUAAAACAGUUGACAUAUUUGAUGAAAGAAAAAUGAGUGGUUACUAUAAUGCCGUUGCCAAAUUCAGAUCCUACUUCGGAGAAAAUUUUAAUCCCAUCAAACAAAAUAACGAACAAAAGAGCUAUGUUAAAUUAUUUAAUUCAAUUUUCAACCAAACCAUCAGUUAUGAAAGUGAAAUUCCCAUUAAUAUAUUCACUUACAUUUUUUUGCACUCAUUUAUCCAUUAUUUCAAUAAUAAUUCUGACUCAACUACUACUCAUGAAGAAUUUUGGGAAAAGUUCAAUUUUGAAGGAAUAAAAAUAGAAGACAAAAUCAUUUUAGGAGAUCUUUUGAAAUCUUUUAAUCUCAUUGAAUUGGAUACAGAACUGAAUCAAUUAAAAGAACUGUUCCCUGAAUGUUUAUUUUUGUUUACAAUUUUGAAAGAAGAAUUAAUCUACUCACAUUCUUUUAAUAUGAAACUAGUUGAAGCUGUAAAUCAACAAAGUUGUGAAAGCCCAGAUUGGAUUUCAAUAUCUAAAGUUUUUGAGAAUAAAUUGACACCUAUUGUUUUCAAAAGUCAUUUUGAAGACUUAAAAGAUUCAAAAAAAGUAACUCAUGAUGGAACAAAGUUUGUUUAUAAUGAAGACUGUGGGGAAACAAAUACAGAUAACUUACACGUUGAUAGUUCUGGAAAUAUUGAACGAUUAAAUAUACUUCAAAGAGAGUUUAACCCCACUGGGAUUUAUAUGAAAGAUGAUAUAUAUAAUUAUGUCACAGGAUUAUUCAAAGAAGGUUAUUAUAUUUCCCUUGGAGGAUCAGCUAUAAAAAACUGGGACAAAUUGUCAAAAGAUUUAGAUUUAGAUUUGGAUCUUCAUAAAUCAACUUUAUAUAGAUUGAUUUUCAAUGAUUCAGAACCAGCUUUCGGAACUGGCUUUCUUACUCUCAAGAAGUAA